AUGAUGUUCCCGCUGCAGAAGACUCUCUUCCGAUGGUUCGAGUUCCUAUUGUUACGAAUUCUCAAAUUCUGGAAAUGUGACCAUGAAGUUCAGGAAGGCUCAAACUUCGUGGACAUUUUGCGGGUAUUGAUCUGUAAGAUCAUCUUCGCUUUUGCUCGAAGAACGCGUCUCCCCGCGUACGAUUUUCGAAAACUGGAUCCCUAUAAUCGCGGCCUGCUGUACCGACAGGAAGAAAAAAUUAUCGAAUACCCUGUACCCCCAAGGGUUAUCGAGGAGGAGGGUCCGCAAGAACUUUUGUUAACGGCUAUCCGGACGUCCGGCGAGCUUCUGGUAGUCCGCUUCGUUCGCGCACGUCAAAGACAAGCUGAAAUUAUUAUCCUGGUCAGAGAUUCGAGAGGAAGAACUUUCACGAAUCAGGUCAUCGCGGACAAACGCUUCCCUCUCGAUAUCAGUAACGGGAAUAAAUUUCAGGCCGGCGGUCUCCGGAUUAAAUGCGUAGAGCCUUUGAGGAAAUGGCGAAUCGCCUUCAAUGGAUUGCUGAUAAAUAAGGAGACGGGUGCGACCGCAUACGUCCGUUUCGUCUUCGCGUGGCACGCUCUGUCCCACUUCUCGGACUGGUCUCGCGAUGUGCCGGAGAAGCGUCUUUUCGACUUCUGUCUCGACCGGAAGGCCAAUAAAAAAAUCUCAGAUACCGUCACUAAUCUCGAUGUGUGUCGGGAGUACCUGAACGGUUUUGAGCAGACCGGUUAUUGCGUCGGAACCAUGCAAGUGUCUCUGAAGGGCGGGGAAUCCGAUGUAGCUCCAGAACCAGAGCAAGAACUGCAUUUGCGGGGAAACUUCCUGAGAAUUCGUCAUCCAGAUCCAUCAUCGACCAGCUCUCUGAAACUCACCGGAUUCUCGCACAAUCUGACCUACAGCAAGAAAGGGCAUCUUCUUCAGCUAUCGACCUUGAAGUUCGAUAAUGGGAAAGAUCUGAUCUUCGGAAGCUUUCUAUCGACGCCUGGAUUCAAGGACCCAGUAGAGUCGAUCCAGAACGACCACGGAGCUGAAGCAAGCCUCGAAGAUGUCCUGUAUGCCCCCAAUCUGAAAAUCAGCACCUUUGAACUCUCGCACGAAGUCCUAAGGUCUGAGGGGUCGAUCCUUAGCAGCUACAAGUCACAUCUCGGCUGGGAUGAUGAGCUCCAAAUUUCCACGUUCGAGGCCUUGAUAGAUAACGUCACAUCCGUGGGACUCUCGAUCAGGGGAAUCAUCACAGGAGACUGCAAUGACGAUCUGUUGAAGCCACCGUUAAACCUCCUGGAAUUCGGUACGUCGAUUGUGCAAAUGAAUAUGAGGCCCGCAAGACGCUCGCGAAUUCCCGAAUUCCGAAGUAGGUGAGAAGAUAAUCAUGACCGUGUUUCCCUCCCAAUCCCAGAUCCAGUGGCCGUCCCCGCACCGUACGUCGUCAGCCUCGAGGAUUCUCAAUGCAAGAGCAGCGCUCUGACUGGGGGCAAAGGAUCGUCCCUUGCUGUCCUCACGGAGCUUUCGGGUAUCACCGAUGAGGGCGUAAAAUUCGGGGUACCGAGAGGAGUUGUGGUCACCACUGAAGCUUUCCGCCACUUCAUGCAAUCACCCUCAAUGUACUCAACCAGGAAGAAAUUGAGCAGGGUCCUCGAGACAGAGACUGUCGAACAGGUCAAAGAAAUCUGUGAUGAAUGCAUGAACGACGUCAAAAAAGAACCCAUCCGAGCGGCUAUUUCGAAAGACAUUCUCCAGCGUCUCUACGAGAUCUUCCCGGAUUUUUCUUCAAAACGUUUCGCGGUGCGCAGCUCAUGUGCCGGGGAGGAUUCCGAGGAUAUGUCAGCCGCUGGACAGAUGGAAACCUUCCUCGGGGUGAAAGGAGAGGAACAGAUAAUCGCAUCGCUUUCGAAGUGCUGGGCCUCUCAAUUCAGUCACGUCGCUAUAGAGUACAAGAAACGCUAUGGCCAGGAACUGGUCAGCGACAUGGCGGUCGUGAUCAUGGAGAUGGUUCCAGCGGAGAGUGCGGGCGUCAUGUUCACUUGUGAUCCCCUGACUGGCGAUCCGUCGACAAUUUACAUCACUUCGAACUUCGGUCUUGGAGAGAGCGUUGUGUCGGCUCUGGCCGACCCCGACACUAUACGUGUGCAUCGAGACAUCCGUGGGAAACUAACAGUGGGAGAAGUGGCUUUGGGAAAGAAAGAUGUUAAAAUCGUCAUGGACAAAGAUAGCGGAGGUACCCGUGUGGAAAAUAUAUCCAACAACGACGCUUCAUCACUCAACUCCGCUCAGGCUGAACAUUUGGCAAGAGUUGGGGCAGAGAUCGAACGCGCCUACGGCGACUGGCGGGAUGUUGAAUGGGCUUUCGCCGAUAACACUCUGUACAUUCUGCAAGCUAGACCGGUGACUUUCAUGGACAAACCAUCGGACUUUGAAAUUGCCACCGACUUCGAGAUUUCAUCAAGGGCAGAAUCCCCUGCAUACUCUAAGGCCAAUGUUGGAGAGGUAUUGAAUGGAGCCAUAAGCCCACUCGCCCUCACAAUGAUGAAUAAAUUAUUCUCCAUCGAUGUACAGAGAGAGAAGGGCGCUCAUGCCCGAAUGAAACGUUGUGCUUUGACUCCUUAUUACGAUUCAGCUUUGCGACUUGCUCGCUAUCAUUUCUUCCUCGACUUUUCGGAGGCGAUCCGCAUCUUCAUGCCGGAUCCGUCGAACAGAGCUCAAGUCGAUUCGAUGAUGCUCAAUAUAUGCGGUCGCAUUUUCGAUGACGACGAACUCUACGAGGACAUGCAAGACAACACCGACAAAGCGCAAGAAGUUCCGUACUGGACGACGAAAAAAGACCUCGUCAAGAUGAAGUAUCUCGCCAAACCGAUGUACUACGCAUACAAUUACCUAGCACGGAAGAGAGCGAGAUACCCCGACAGCAGCAUGACCGUGAACGAGCUUUUCGAUGGCCUUUGUGAUGGCUUCAACAACACCACGGACUGCGGGAGUCGUCCGCACAUGAACUCGUCCAAUGGUUCGGCCCAAUGGACGAGUCGUAUCGUGGAAUAUUUGCAAGAUGUGACAGAUGAGUCGGUCGAAACAAUCUAUGGGGAUAUGUCACGUCUUCUCGCAUCAGCCGACGAUGUCGUCAGCUGUGAAGUUCCUAAAAGAUUGGAGAAACUCGGCAUCCAGGUUGGCAGCGAGAUCGGUAGAGAAAAGCUCCUGAACGCUUCUUCGGAGGAAGCAGAACAGCUUCUCAGAGACGAAGGGAGAUACCCCGUCUCUGCGGCGGCAUUCCGAGAGUUUCUUCAGGACUUCGGACACCGGGGUUACAACGAGUUCGAUUUAUACAGGAAACCCUGGGACAUGGAUGCGAGCCCCGUAAUCGCAACGCUGCAGACAAUGAUGCGGAGUCAACUCGAAGGCACUCCGAAAAAGUAUGAGAGCAUCAUGGCAUCCAUCGACGGAAUGACGUGCAAACUGACCACGUGGCAAAAGCUACGCCUCGCUAUAAUCGUCUUUUUCGCGAGGAAGGCGGUGGGCGUUCGCGAAAACACGAAAUCUCUGUGGAUCUGGACUCAGAACGUGACUCGAAAAUGGGCUUGGGCUUUGGCUCUCAAGAUGAAGCAAGAGGGCCGCUUGCCAGACGAGAAUCUUCUGUUCUUCUGCACGGUGGAAGAGCUUCACGAACUGAUCCGCGAUCGUAAUCCCGCAAUUAUUUCGAGAGCCUUCGACAGGAUGAGAUUAUUCCCCGAUUUGGUGAAACAAGAAUUCCGCGAAUACUUCCGAGGCAUCCCCACCCCGGCUCCGGAUCCGUUGCCCGUCUUCGAGGAUGGCGUGGUCCAAAUGAAAGGAUUCCCGAUCAGCAAAGGCAGGAUUCAAGCGAAGGCACGAGUUAUCAACAAUCUCGAGGACGCAGUCCAAAUUCAGAAGGGAGAAAUACUGAUAACCUACGCUACAGACAUUGGUUGGUCGCCGUACUUCCCGAUGCUCGGAGGGGUAGUCACAGAACUGGGCGGUCUGAUGUCCCACGGAGCAGUCGUAGCGCGCGAAUACGGUCUACCUUGUGUGGUAGGACUACUCGGAGCCUCCAGAGUUUUCCGUUCCGGAGACACAGUUUUACUAGACGGAGCUCAGGGGGUUCUGAUUCGUAUCGAGGAAGCAGCUUCGAGCGUUGCGCAAUAAAUGCGAUGGUGAUCUCGAACGAGCG